CAGACUUUAACUUUCUUUCAUCUGCCGAGGGUUACAGUUGCACUAUGUCGUCAAACAUGAUCGACCGCCUUCGUAGCAAGAAGAGCGCCAGAAAUCUAAACGACAAGGACAAGGUGUUGAGGAAGCUCAGCCCUGUUGAAUGUCUCCAAGCUGCUCAUUAUUCGUUAGGAGCAAUUAUUGGUUGUGCGAUAUCAUGUCGUUAUCUUAUUCCCGAAGCACUCCUCACCUCGGAUGCUGCAUCAUUCCAGAAGCUUGUUGAGAAUGCUUUCGCCCGCGCUAUCCUGCAGCAUCCGCUGUUCACGGUUGGACGAAUUAACGCGGACUCUAAGAAGCAAUACUGGGUACGGCUGGGUCAGAUCGACUUGAAUAAUCACAUAGAAUGGCGGACGGUCUCUGAUCAAGAAGCGUACGAAUCGAUUCUCCAUGCUACCUUGGAACGGCAAGUCAAUGAGCCCUACAUGAAUCUCGAGACACAGCCCGGCUGGAGAGCCGCGAUACUUCAGCCCGCCGCUUCCAACUUCAUCGAUGUUGUCUUUGCUUGGGAGCAUACAGCGGCUGAUGGGAAAAGCGGAAAAGUCUUGCAAGACAGUCUUUUUACUUGUCUCAAUACACCAGACGACAACGCCGCCAUUUUCAGAAACCGCAUCUUCGAGGUCCCAAACACCGAGCUCACGCCUCCAUUGCAUCACUUGAUCAAGCUACCCGUCUCCCUACAUUUCAUCGUCGGUGAAUUCGGGCGCGACAUCAUCGCUUCGAUGAAAGCGAAGGAACUACCUCAUAUGGCAACUUGGGCACCAAUACCGACAGAACCAUCGAAGACAAGCAUGGUGGCGAUGCAGGUGACGAAAAAGGCACUGAAGCCUGUGCUAGACGCUUGUCGUCAGCACGGCACGACUUUGACGGGGCUUAUGCAUGCGCUCAUUGCGGUAUCGAUGGCGAGAAGACUUGCUGAGAUCAAGGCUUCUGCGUUCUUAUGCGGUACUCCUGUUUGUCUGAGACAAUUCCAGAAGCCAGGACAUCCCAGCAUCGAUUUGAAUAAGACGGCGAUCAACAGCGUGGCAUACUGGCCGUUUACGUUUGACGAGGAUCUUGUCGCCAAGUUUCGGGAACAAAUUAACGAGGCUGAAACACAGCGAGAUAUGAGCACAGGUCUGGAAGCUACAGUUUGGUCGUCCGCGAAAGCUAUCCGAGACGGGCUAUCUGCAAAGCUGGACUUGGGUACCAAGAAUGAUCAUAUCGGGCUGGCCAAGUUUGUCAAGGACUGGCAGUCUUUCCUCAAAGACCAUGGCAAAACGCGAUCGUAUUCAUGGGAGAUCAGCAACCUUGGUGUCAUACAGGGCAAGGCGGAGGGCGAGGGUGAUAGCUGGGCUAUUGAGAGUGCUACGUUUACUCAGACUGCGCCGACGUUUGGAUCGGCCUUGACUUUCAGUGUCAUCUCUGCUAAGGGCGGAGAUUUAACCGUGACGAAUACCUGGCAAGAUGGGGUUGUUGAGGAGGAGUUGGCUUUGGGUGUGAGUUCUGAUGUUGAAGGUUGGCUGAAUGAGCUGGGGAAUACGGGCAGUAUCAGAUUUGGGGCGGUUGAGAUGUUGAGCUGAGGAUAAGGAGGUCGAUUGUUGGUGUCAGUGCAGGAGAUUUGCCUCAUCGCGGAUAUAGAAUGAUACCACUUGUCAGCGAUUCAAUGUUUAUACUCAAUAUACCUAGUGCUAUGUCGCCUACACUAGCCAACUAUUAUUGGAUCAGAGCCCCAAAGAGAUCUAAAAGAAUACACCUG